ACAUUUAGAGCUGCGUUCGGAAACAUCACUAGUGUAUAUUUUAUCUUUAUUACUCAUUAUAUAUAAAACAAAGAUAGAAUGACGCUCGUGUGUACACGAGUGCUGUUUCCGAACGUGACGUAGAUGAGACGAGUGCGGACGGAGUGGACAAGGCGAACACCCAAAAGACGAACGGAAGAUGACGCAGAGACGAAGGCGAAAACAAAAUAAAGUUAGCUAAAAGUUUGUUCUCUCUUUCAAUUCUUUCUGAAUGCGCUGUGUAUAAGGUUUAUUCUAUUUCCACCAAAGUUGCACCAGACUGCACUCUAAAGCCCGUUCUACAUUAAGCGCAGGACACAACGCAACUAGGAGGCCUCGCGGAAUUGGUCAAUCACGUUGAUCAAAUCAGCCAAUUAGCCACCAACGUGAUUGCUCAAUUCCGCGAGACCUGUUAUGCGUCGUUAAUGUAGAACGUCCUUUUCAACAAGUGUUGACAAAUGUUUACAAACACGUGUGACAGUGUGUGGAUCUAAAAGAGUGAAAAAUGACAGUAUACAUUUCCGAGUCCAAUUUCUCGCGAAUUAUCAUCACACUGAUUCUGUGCCUACAAUGUGUGAAAAUUUGUGCAGGAAUUGAAGCUGAACUCAAUCUUUAUGUAAAAGGAACCGGGUUUCACAGGACGUUGAUUUAUCAUGUAAACUUGAAGAAUUUCACCUAUGAGAAUUGUCACGCUGCCAUUUACAUGGAGUUACCGUCUGCAUUAUAUGUUAAUGUGAACGAAGUAGCAGACUUAACAAGACAAGGAAUAGUUACAAUAUGUUCUGUAGGUGAGACCGACGUUGAGCUAUUUGCAGAGAAGGCAGGCCAUCAGAAUGUAACAUCAUGUGCAUCUAUAAGUUCCUCAUCGUUCAAUUUAACAAUUCCCCUUCAUCAGCGUUAUCAUUACGCUUGUGAAACUAGUGACUAUGUUAAGGUAUAUGUACCUAGACCAAAGCUUCUUCUAGGAUGCUACAGAAGAAUCAGGGACCAUAGAGUUUCAAAAAUAAACCUUUGUCAGCCAUGUGUAGGUUUGGCAACCAAGUGGCGUGAAAUUUCAUAUCGUAUAUUAAACAAUCACAAUUAUAUAUGGCUUAUACCAGUUGGGAAUUUGUUAUUCUCCACAUUUGUUACUUGUAUCACCUUACUAAUAACAAUAAUCGGUGCAGUAUUUGUUGGAUAUGCUAUUUGGGCCAAUACAUUAAAAAAUCGUAAGAAAAAGAACUGAAGUAACUAAGACUUCAACGUACGAGAUGUUCUAGAGCUAUUAAUAUUUUAUGCAUAUUUAUAUAUUAAAUAAAUAAGUUAAUAUAAGAUAAAAUAGUUCUGAUAUAUAUA